AUGGAAAGUUUAAGAAGUAUAGGAGAAAUUGUCUUGGCAACUGCAUCAUCUGGUAUAGCUGCAACAUUGUUACCUGGUGGUAGGACUACAAACUCUCGAUUUAAGAUACCCAUUGAUAUACAAUCGAGUUCCAUUUGUGGUAUUCAAAAGCAAAAAGAUCUUGCAAAUCUCACUAGAGUUGCCGCCACAAUAAUUUGGGAUGAAGCACCAAUGACAAACAAAAAUUGUUUGGAAGCCUUAGAUCGAUCAUUACAAGACAUUUGUAGCAACAGUGCUCCAUUUGCGUGUAUUGUUCGGUCUCAUUUAUGGGAUCAUACCAAGAUUUUGCAUUUGCGUCAAAAUAUGCGAUCAUUGCAUGAUCAAGAGUUUGUAGAAUUUUUUAUUCGCAUUGGUGAUGGUGUUGAACCUACCAAACCAGAUGACAUGGAUGCCCCAUAUAUGGUACAAAGAGCUAUUUUGACACCAACAGGUGAUGAUGUCCAGAAAUUGAACGAUAUGAUUAUCGAUCAAUUUCCAAGAGAAGAACAUAAUGUGUUGUCGUUUGAUGAGGUUGAAGGGAAUAAUCAUAAUUUAUACCAGCAAGAAUUCUUAAACUCAUUUGCACAAGAUAUCAAUUGGGUCAUACUUAUAGUUGUAUUCCCUUUAUAUAUAGUUAUAGAUGUUAGACAAUUGGGUUAUACUUAUUCUCACUAUUCUUAUGCAAUAUUUUAG